AGAAGGAGAGAGCCUUCAGACUCUUUUAAUUAAAGCUUGUACUAUAUUCUGUCUUUCCAAGUAGCUGCAGUUACUCUAGCUCCUUCAGAACAAUUUAAGUGUUCACCAGCACCACGGCAUGGAUCGGGGAAGCUGCUCACCUGAGACCACCAGCAGUAGAGUCACAUUGAUGGCUUUGAUGUCCCCAUGAUGUGCUCACACAUCUCCCAGAACCUGCCAUCUCAUCUGCCUGAUGGGGCUGAUAGAAGAACAUGGAGAGGGGCAGCCCAAGCAUGAAGGUGGCCAAAGGGACGAGUUUCCCAGGGAGAAGGAGGAACCACGGCAGAGAAACGAGCAACCAGAGUUUCCCUCCUGGGAGAAGAUGCCAUUCCACCAUGUAACAGCUGGCUUAUUGUACAAAGGCAACUACCUGAACCGAUCGCUCUCCGCUGGCAGUGACAGCGAACAGCUAGCGAAUAUCUCUGUGGAGGAACUAGAUGAAAUCCGUGAAGCUUUCCGGGUAUUGGACAGGGAUGGGAAUGGCUUUAUAUCCAAGCAAGAGCUGGGCAUGGCAAUGCGCUCCUUGGGAUACAUGCCCAGUGAGGUGGAGUUAGCAAUUAUCAUGCAACGCCUUGACAUGGAUGGGGAUGGCCAGGUUGAUUUUGAUGAAUUUAUGACCAUUCUGGGACCUAAGCUGGUAUCGUCGGAAGGCAGAGAUGGCUUUCUGGGAAAUACAAUAGACAGCAUAUUCUGGCAGUUCGACAUGCAGAGGAUAACGCUGGAGGAGCUGAAACACAUCCUCUACCAUGCGUUCCGGGACCACUUAACGAUGAAGGACAUUGAAAACAUCAUUAUCAAUGAAGAGGAGAGUUUAAAUGAAAACUCUGGCAACUGCCAAACGGAGUUUGAAGUGCAUGCGCAGAAGCAGAACAGACAGACCUGCGUACGGAAGAGCCUUAUCUGUGCAUUUGCCAUGGCCUUUAUUAUAAGCGUGAUGUUGAUUGCGGCCAACCAGAUCCUCCGGAGCGGCAUGGAAUAGCCUCUCACCAUGACACUGUGAACCAAACUGACCAUGCAUGCGCAUGCCACCGGGUGAGCUUUUCCUGAACCGACUCUCACAAGGGAAAGAGACAGAGGCAGGCAGAUAAAGCAACAUUCGACAGGAGCCUGAGGCCAGCAGCGUAAUGUGUCUUGUGAAUCUACUACAUCCUUUUGGCAGGGACAUAAAAGGGCUGUCUUAAUGCUUUAAAGGUUUUGUUUCCUAAUGCAAUAAAAAAAAUAUACAGGAGUCCCGAAUUACUGCUUCAGCAAUGGUAACUUGGAAGACACUUUCAUCCAGCGAUCUGUUUUACAGUUUUAAGGAGGCACAGCCUCACGACUUAUUUCAGCGUGGCUGUCUUUUUACCUAGGGCCCAACUGACUAUUUCACGUAGCUCUCCACCGGGCCCGCAUUCCCAGGAAGUUGAUCGUAGCAUUGCCACAAGCAAGUCCUGUUUGUUUUAUUUCACGUACUUCAGCUUCACUUUGUUUUUCCCUUAUGACCAUGCCUUUGAGUUUAUGGCAUUAGAGGGGAGCUAGAGCAUCCUUGUACAGUAUUUUCAAAUUAAAAAAAAAAGAGAGAACUUGCCAGUAUCAUACAAAUUUUCUAUUUUUGGUCUAUAAACUCCGCCUUUGACACAUGAGACUGUUGGCUAGCAUGAGUUUGUUUGCCAUUAUUUCCACCUUGAAUCAGGGCUUAAAAACACCACCCACUUUCACACAUGGGCAUUUCUGAGAUUUAUGCACAGUCUUCCAACCGACUCUGCAACCACCAGCGCCAGUUAAAACUCCCUGCAUUUGAUCCCAUCUGCAUAUUCAACAACAUUUACUUUCCAAGAGUAUUGCCCUUUCUUUAUAUUGGUCUUGUAUAACCUUAUCUGAGACCAAAAACCACAAGGAAAGCUCUUUCCGAGCUUUUCCCUCCUCCUUGUCCACCCAAUUUUUAUUUAUCUAACUUUAUAUGCCCUGGUUUUAGCCUGCAGUGAAGCCUUCAUGUCAGACACCUUCUCAUGGGAGAAGUUACGCUUUUGCCUUUGUGGUGGAGUGUAGUUUUGACCGCUCAGCAGUUCUUUCCCAGGAGCCGUUCCACCACCACUGCCUCUUCAUCUGUCCCAUGGAUAGGCUCAAAAGAGGGUAAGCUGAAAAGCAGCCUGCAGCAAGAAAAGAAUGAAUCAAACUAGAGCAUACCACCAUAUGUUAUGUAGUGUGUCAGACUUUCAGAUCCUGCAAGUGUUUGUUAUUUUUCCUGGAAGAGAGUUUAAUGAGCAGCAAGGAGAAGAUGGAGUGAUGCAAACAAGAGCCACAACACGUCCCGUGGAAAACCCAAGGACUGCAUGCACCUGAAGCCAGGAUUACAUUUGAAAUUGUUUUCCUUUUAAGUUUAACACAACCCUUACAUUUACCUGUGAAUGAACUGUGCAACUGUGUGUCACCAAUGGGAGAGAUCCAUUUUCAUUGCUGUCUUGGGAGAAGCUUUCCGGCAGUUGCUCUGCAGAGAUAGCAUGGGGAGCAUUCCCUCGGAGGUCCGCAAAGGUACCCACACCCAAGAGCUGUGGUAGCUUCAUGUUGCCAGUUGGGUUAGCUCCAGAAAUUUCAUGGAAUGGGAGAUCUUGCUCCUGUAAGUGUAGAUGACUCUUUUCUGUGUCACUGGAGGGGGCAGAAUGGCUCCCAAGGGAUUGUAAACCACAAGCUUCCCUCGUCCAACAUGGCAGCCAUCUUCUUAAACCUUGAUCUGUUCCAAAGACUCAUUUCAGGUCUUUCUUUGCUUACAAGCUUGAUCUAUAACAUUAAACUCAUGCUUUUUAGGAGCCUGAUUUGAAAAUCUACUUCUCGCUGUUUUGUCUCCCAGGACCUCUUUAAAUUCAUGUCACCGCUUAUUUUGCCUUUAUGUGUGUGUUUGUUUUAGUCGCCUACCUCCAGUACAUUACCUUUUUUCUGGUGCCCACUCUCCAUUGUUGAAGAAGAAAGCUGUCUUUUCCAGAGUAGCUGAGUUAUUUUUCUGCCUGGUUUGAAGUUCUCCCUGUGCCUCAAAUACAAACGCAUACAUCUUUAUUUCUGAUCUACUGUGACUAAUAGAGUUCAACUGCAAAAUAUUCUGCGAAAAUUGUUACAUAUUCCAGAAGAUGGAGAGAUUUAUAUUUGCUAUAGGGCAGCAGCAGACUUCAAACCAACAACAGAAAUUUUAGGCAAGCUCUGAGUGCUUGAUUCACAUCACCAGGGAACCAAGGUAUAUUUGCAGUGCUUGCUGUACUGGACAUUGCAGACAAGGAACUUUGAGUUCUUUAUAAGGGAACUGUCAGCCACAUUUUCAGGAGCAUGUGAGAAGGUGGCAUCAGCCGAAGAAAACCUACAUGUUACUUGCCACUGAGUGAUGCUUAUUAAGAUUUUUGCAGUUAUCUCCAGGAUGUUUUGAUGGUUUUGGUAUCCUGUUCCACUUCAUGGACAGGAAUGAGCCUUUGGGUAUAGAUGUGAGCACUGAACUGGGUCAUAGGGGCCAUCCGGGACCUGUCGCACUCCCUAGUGGCUUCACUCAGGGCUGGAGCAGACCCAUGGGGCUAACCGGGGAAAUCCUCAGCCAUCCUUUGGAGCUAUGCUGGAGUGCACUGGGACCAGCACCAGCUAGUGCAUGUGCCCGACAGCAAUGGGCAGAGCAGCACGGACACGGAGCGACGGAGAGGUAGGCACCAUGCUGCCAACCCAGUCGGUAGUCACAGCCCCACAGGGCAGAAUGGUGGCUCUCUGCUUCCUCCAGAAACGCAAGCUAAUACUCAUAGAUCACACUCAUCUGUCAGCUAAAACCAGCCAGACUCCAGUUAUUAUAGAGCUACCUUACAGACAAGAUAAUCUUUUUCAUUCCUUUAAGCUUUCUGGAAGCCUCCACAAUUUCUACAUGCAUGCUGCAUAAAAAGCUUUGUAAAUACAGUCACUUUUCAGUGUAAUUCUUCAUCUUCAAACUCCACUUGUCAAAUCAAACCUAUAAUUAAUAUAUUGGUAAAAGCCAUAGCCUGAGGUCAGUAGAGUUUAUUGAAAAACUCCCCUCUGAUUUUGCCAGGUACAGGAUUGGGAGUUUUAUUGGCUUUUUUUUAUUUUUGGUGUUUCCCCUGGGGGGAACCCAAUGUAUUCAUUUUGAAUCAGUGUCAUGUCUUGCCAGAGGACAUCCUUCUGUUCCUAGAGUUGCCUUCCUUUACUUAAAUUUGUCUUGAAGACAUUCCUUUUCAUAAUCAGUCAGGCUCUUCCAGUAGCUAGCGGCAAUGCGAGAUGGGAUCAGGCCAAGCCAUUCCCUCUCCUAGUAAGCUUUCUAUCAACACUUUUCUGCCCUUCCUAGCCAACAGCUUUCAGUAUUGGACCCGUGUCUCCUCUCUACCUCCCUGGCUCCAUUUAUGUAACAUCCAUUUAUCUUUUUUUUUUUUUUUUUUUGCUUCUACACAAGAGGGAAAAAAAGGGCUUUUUGUUGCUUUAACAGACAGUAGAUAAAAAUAGAGCAGUAAAAUUUUGAUUGGAACCUGAUGGCAAAAGCUUAGGGGGAAGAAAGUAGAAGAAUCAAAGAAAUAAAAAUAAAAAACCCCACAUUCCAUACUUAAAAAAAAAAAACUAUUUAAGUGCUAAUUAACAUUCAUACUUUAAAAAAUACCCAGACUGCAGCAGUGCUAGGUAGAGCUGUCAGAAAAAGCACUAAACUUAUGCUUUUGCCAGUUACAUGAGAAUUUAAGUGUCUUUUCAGCACUACAAUUCUGUAGGAAAGGGAUAUUGCUAUGGCAACACUCACUGUUCGUGACAUGUGUGCCACAGUGUCAUAGAGACAUGCAGCGAGUUAACACAUGCUCACCAGCCAAACCAAGGCUGGACAACCAGCUCUUAAACAGCUUUGGACAAUGUUUCAGCUCACGGAUUAUUAGCAAAUUCUGAGUAUCCCAAAGACAUCUGUCUUGACUUAGGCCAAAAAAAAAAAAAAAAGGUAUGAAAUGAAAUUAAAGAGAAUGAGAUACAGGGAAAGCUUUGGAGUGGACAUAGUUGUUUUAGUUUGAGAGAGGCUUGGUUUGGGUUUUCUUUAGUUUGGGAGCAAGCUAAAUCAACGCAGUGUCAGCCACUGCGUGGCACAGGUGAGUGCCUCUCCCAGGCUUGUUGAGGUCCUUUGGUUUGAACCAGUGUGAGCAGAUUUGUAGCUGAGGGAUCGCUCGAUCUUUGAUGGGAAAGAUUUGGAUUAUUGCUCAUACAAGGCACAGGUCUGCAUCGCUGAGGGGAGGCACUGCUCAGGAUAACCAUUUGUGGCUUUAACUGUGAAGGUAAAUCCUAAUUUUCAGGCAGUGCAAAGCAUCUGCUCCUGGAGAAGCCAGUGAGGAAACUGCAAGCAUGUGGUGGUCCAAAAUACAUCGGAGACCACAGAGAAGCUAAUUACAGCCAGGCAAAGCAAAAACUGCUGAAGGAGCAUUGCGUACCUGCCACAUUCAAAGCCAUAUAAUAACGUCAGCAGCAAAAAAAAAAGCCACAGCUGAGGAGUUCCCUGGCGGGACGAGAGCUGCCUGGCACCAGCAGUGGCCCUGGGCGAGCAGGCUGCUGCGCACGACGGACUGCACAACCUGAGGACUUCAUCAGGGCCUCAGGCCUGACCCUCUCACUGACUUUAACUCAGCCACUGGGAGAGACAUUUCAGAUCAGAGACAGUAUCAGCACUAAUUUAAAGGAGAAUUAAAAACCACAAGCAGCGCGUGCAACUGGAAAUGCUCUCCUCUGUUAGGGAGAAUUUGGUCCUCAAGCUUGAAGAGGUCGUAUAGGAUAAAAAAUACAAUUGAUGAGGAAAAAGUAAUUCUCUUUCAUUUUGGAUGGUCCUCUCCCAUAUGACAUUAGAUAGCAAGGAGUCAAAUCAAAAAGAAGGUAGAAAGCAUUCCCAAGGAUGCUGCUAGGAAGGAUGGAUGGAUGAAGUUUGUGUGACAGAGUUCAAUGAGCAAAGUACCUACUGACAUAUACUUUAUUCUGUGUAAAGCAUAAGAAUAUUCUUCCACAAAAACCGUAUGUUUCUGCCUGCCCCAGAAGACCAGAACAUCUCCUGGGACACACCACAGGACUGUGAUGGCCACCCAUGUCCAGUGCUGGCUCUGCUUGAGAAGACACAUUCCUUUGCAAGGUGCCUGGUGUAAAGACAUUGCACGAAAAGCUCUCUAGCCUCAUGCGUAAUGUGCGCAUGCGCAGAGCUGCGAAGGCCUGUCAUCGCACAAAAGCAAAAGGUUCACCGUUCCGAGUCAGACUUAGAUCUGUGAGAAGAGAAGCAGUAGGAGGAAUACAUUAAGAUCACUAAGAAUGAAGUUCCCUAUUUUAUCCACCCGUGUAAUAAAUUAUUUAGCUUCUGCUUUAUAGAUGACUAUUUGAAAGAAGAAAACCUAACUUUCCUAAUACAAGAUUAUGAUAAAGUACCUUUUUUCUUGGCUCUGAAUCACGCUUACAUUCCAGAGAUGAAGAUGUACAGAACUUGCUGGUUUUCCAUCUAUUAUUUUACUGUAGUGCAUUCGGACAGUACAAUUACAUUUCCCUGGCAUCACUUAAAACCUAUAUACUUUCCCAGGAACUAAGGAAUUUAAUACACAGGAAAAGGCUCAAAACAUUUUCAUCUCUCUAUGUUGUCUGUUAUUAUCUGGAGCAAAUCUUGUUUUUCUGCAAUUCAAGUAGGAUGUUUUAGGCAGCUGUAAGAUCCUUAGAUGCUUCACUGAGAACAAGAUGGACAGAAAAUUUGACAACAACAUUUUAAUUGGAAGAGUACUCUAUUCUCACCUCUCCAGUGGCAAAAGUCUGAAAAACUGCCUCAAUUUGACAUUCUUCACCAGGAAAGAAUUUCAGCUCCAGAAGGUAGAAGAAGAGGGAGAAAGGAGAAAAAGGAAAUCCUCUGAAUCUAAAAAUUAGUACUCGACAGUUUGAUUAUGAAAAUUCCUUAUGUUUUUUAUUUUCUUUCAAGACAGACCAGAAUACUUCAUAGCCUGGAAGAGCAUUACUAAAUGAAAUUGCCAUUUUCCAACCAAUUGUUUUCUACAGUAGUUCAUAGUCAGUCUUUGCCAGCAUCAUGAAUAAGCGGCUUCAAA